AACAACUUCUGUAUCGGGAGUAUACCUAGCAUCCUUUUUUAACAAAGUGACCUUUUCAAGCAACUUAGAUAGUAUAGAAAGAUCAUUAAAAACAACUAAAUUAAAAUUGGAAUUAACCAGAAAUCAUAUUUUUGCUGUUUUUGAGCACUUUUAGAGAGAUUUUGCUUUCACUAUAUGUUUUUUGUGCAAUUCCGAUUUCCAUCACAUGCAUGAUACACUUCUUGUUUGUUCAUUUUUUAUUACUAUUUACGCACAUAAAGCACAAUGUAAUUGAUAAAAGCUUCACAAAAAACUUCACCUUUGGCCCGUGUGUGCAAAAAUGGUUCCAAUGGCAUACUGUUUAUACACCAUUUAAAUUUCACAUGCUUGAAAAAUCAAAUGUCCAAUUACCGUUUUCUUGAUUCAUGUCUUUUGUAUUAACACACAUGGAUUAAACUGAAGAAGAGGUUUGACUCUGAAGAUGGAAUAGUUUUGUUGGCAUAAAAAUAAAAAAUAAAUGGCGAAGAAAUGAGAACAAUUUUCAUCAUUUUGGGACAAACAACUCAAGAUUCAAAGUUCAUAAAUCAUAAUAUGUUGUUUGUUAUUUGCACUGUUUACUUCCAAAAGGACUUUGAACCACCCACUACCGGACCUUUUGCAAUGCCAAGCAGAGCGAAGGUCGGCAUGAGUUCAAUUAGCAACGUUAAGAAUGUUCCGGAGCAUAGAGGAAGGCAUCAAGGGUCGACUUCCAAGGACAAAGAACCAACACUGAGAAAAGAUCAAGAAGUCGAGAGCCACCACGAAGCUGAAUGCUCUAGUGCUUGUCUUGAGGAGGAACUGAACGAAGAUGAGGUCGCGUGCGUGGAGGCCUUAUUGGAAAUUUCUCUUCAGAAUGAGUCUCCAGAAGAUGUUGAACUCCGGGCAUCAAGAAGGCUUUCUGGGCAGCAACCAGAGUUACAGCUUGAUUUUGAUUGCAGCAGAGCCUUGGAAUACAUAAUCAGGGGCGGGAAACAUUAAUAUUUUUUUUAUUUAUUUAUUUUGUUAACUGAACAAAUGAAUAUUGAUUGAAUUUUCAUUUUGUUAUUGAAUUGUGUGUGCCCUACAAGAAAAAGUUCGUACUGAGAUAUUUCAUAUUGGAUGUUGAUACGAGCGCGAGGAAGGUACAGAGGAAUUCUGAGGAAAGCUUUUCCAGUAUUUUAUUUCAAUAAAUUGUAGCGCUAGUGUGAAUAUAAAGGUAAGAAGAAUUAUUUACAAAAUAUACAUACUUAUAUUACAUAUCUUUGUAUCGAUUUGCAUGUGUCACACACUGUAAGAGUUUCGAAGUAUGGACGUACGAUAACUAUAAUGGCCAUUAAUAUUCUUAUGUUAAAUAUAUUUGCUAUUCCACAUUCAUCCCACGUGAAGAAUUAUGAGAACUUUAUAUACAAGCACAUGUUUUGUGCAACUUAAUAUUCAGCCUCAGUCUGUAAGUUGCGAAGCUCAUGCACAUAUCUAUUUAUUCUAAAGCUAUCAUCAGAACCUAAGCAUUAUGUUUCAUCUUGUUUGCAUUAAAUGACUUCCCCAGAAUCUGUUUGUUAUACAGACCUGUAUCUUUAUGCAGGAUUUGCCCUUUUCAGUCUAAAUUUGUUGUCUACCAAGAUACUGUUAUGAAUUUGAGUGGAUUUUCUGGAAUUGCAGAAUUGGGGCUUAAUUUAGGGUUUGCGAGCAAGCAGAAAUGGGAAAAUGACGAGACACGAUUUGAUUUUGGUCUUGAAGCAGACAAGGAUUUGGACUUAAUGGAGGAUGGACACGUGGAGCAAGGAGAUAUUAUCUAGAUUUAUUAGCUAUUUUUAUUUAAUCCAUCCAUUUGUCAUUAGUAGUGGUGAAUGUUUUUACCCUUUUUGGUUAGUUGUGAGGUAAUUAAGUGAAAAAUCUGUUUGUUAGUUUGGCCGCAGGGGAAUCUUAUAUGUAUGGGUUUUGAUGAAUGAAAA